AUCAUUCAAUCAAUCACUGCCAUGUAUUUUGCGUGUUUAUUUUUGUAAUUAAAACUUUUAUAAAUUCCUAAGGACUAUUUAACUAACUAUGAUUACUUUAUUAAGUAAUUUCUAUUCGUGACUUUAAAAUAUUAAGUGUUGUACGUUUAUUGAAACCAGUGAAAAGAUAUAAUGGAUGCACAAGACCAAUUGGAGCUGAAGUAUAGUGCAGGAGGAGAGGUUGGAGGGUUGGAGUUGUGUAUAGUCUGCGGUGACAGAGCUUCUGGGAGACAUUAUGGUGCUAUAAGCUGUGAAGGUUGCAAAGGCUUCUUUAAGCGUUCUAUCCGCAAGAAGCUAGGCUACCAAUGCCGAGGCAGUAUGAACUGUGAGGUGACCAAGCAUCACCGCAAUCGCUGCCAAUACUGUCGCCUACAGAAGUGUCUAGCGUGCGGCAUGCGCAGUGACUCGGUCCAACACGAGAGGAAGCCGAUAGUGGACAAGGCUAAGGGCGAAGCCCGAGAGGCGCUGCACGACCGCCCCGCUGCUGUCUACUCCAAGUUGCUAGGGCUCGCCGGACAAGCACAGACCGGACAGAUAAACCCAAAAGAGGAACCGAUGGAAUUAGGCGGGGGCUCGCCAGCGCCGGCGCUGAACUUCGCGCUGGCGGCGGCGGUGGCCUUCAACAAGAGUGCUCCGGCGCCCUACCUGCCGGCAGAGGACGCUCGCCGCCAGCUGCUGCUGCAGACACACCUCGCUAAGAACCUCUUCAAGAUGGGACAGUUCGGAGCGAUAAAUGAAUAUUUGCAGUCAGCGUAUGGCGCCACGCCCGACACCCCGCUUGUAACUGACACACAGCAAUCCGAAGGUGUGGAAGCAGGUAUCCUGAGCACAGCGGAGUCCCAGCGGCUGUCGCUGUCGCUGCCGGCCGGCGCCCCGCCGCCGCUGCGCCUGCACGCGGCCUGCGAGGCUGGCGCGCGGCUGCUGCACGCACUGGCGCGCUGGACUCUCGCCGUGCCAGUCGCUGCCGCACUGCCAUUCGAGAUCCAAGCGACAUUACUUCGCAAAUGUUGGUCCGAGUUAUUCGUGCUGGGUCUGUCGCGGUGCAGCGGCGCGCUGCAGCUGCCCACUCUGCUGCCGCACCUCGCCGCGCACCUGCAGCGGGAGCUGCGCGCGCGUAGGGACAACCAGCACCUGCACCAUGCGAGGGACGCACGCGCUGAGUUGACGAUAGCGGACUACAGCGAGGAGCGUAUAGCGGAGGUGAGCGCGCUGGUGUCGCGGCUGCACCAGUACCUGGCCGCGCUGGACCAGCUGCGCCUCACGGAGCGAGAGCACGCGCACCUCAGAGCACUCUGUCUCUUCUCACCAGAUGGUGUACCGGAUUUCCUGACACGUAAGCUCCAGGAGUACCAGAGCCUGGUGGUGCGGUCGCUCCGCGCAUCUGCCGAGGAGUCCCGCGCAGCUGCUCUGCUGCUGCAGCUGCCGCCGCUCCGCACCUUCACGCCUACCUUCAUCGAGGAUGUCUUCUUUGUAGGGUUCCUUGGAGACGUCUCCAUCGAUGAGGUUAUACCUUAUCUGUUAAACGCUGAACGAUGAACUAGGAAGCUUGUUAAUGUUUUAAAUUAGAUUUCUCCCUCGUGGAAUUAAAAAUAUACAAAAGUAAGUAGCCUUUGUCUUCUUUCGAACUAUGUUCUACAUCUGUGCCAAAUUUUAUUGAAAUCCGUUCAGCAGUUUAGGCUACAAACUCAAACAAAUAUCAAAAAACUUUUGCGUUUGUAAUAUACAAGUUGGUUGAUGCUUCUUCUGCGUGAAAUAAAAUAAUAUAAAAAUGUAGGCUAUGUUACUCAUUGAUAACGUAGCUUUUUGUAACGGCCCAGUAGAUUUUGAGUUAUUUCAAUAUAUACAAAAAUACAAAUAUUUCUUUAUAAUAUUAGUAUAGAUAUACAAACAUCCAUCAAUCCUG